CUUGUAGCCUUUUCUUCACAUCAUCAUCUCCCUCCUCUACGGUGGCCGGAUUGCCACAGCCGGCCGGUGAUCGAGUCAUAGCUAUAACGAGAUCGAAAUGGAGACGACGUCGAUAAACGAAGUGCCAAUCAAUACAACGACAGGGCUGCCAUUCAAGAACAUCGUCAACCUCACCGGAGCUUGCUACGAGCAUGUCACGGUGUACACCCCUGGAAUAUGGAACAGUGAAUAUGGAGAAUCCAUUCUUGAACAUGCUUUCUAUCGUUUCAGCGUUCAAUUGCUUCUCAUGUUCUUCCUCUCCCAUUCCAUGCACUUCUUCCUCAAAUACUUGCACAUGCCCCGAAUCACCUCCGAAAUCAUGACAGGCAUACUUCUCGGACCAUCCGGGUUCGAGAAGUGGUUCCCAAACGAGGCCAAGCUGGUCUUCCCAGCCUCCCCCAACCAAAUCCUGGCUGCACUCUCCAAGAUCGGCUACGUCCUCUUCGCAUUCCUCGCGGGAGUAAAAAUGGACCCAUCUUUGGUCCAACAAUCCGGCAAGAAAUCCGUCUUCAUGGGGAUCCUAAUCUUCAUCUUCCCCUUCACAAUGGUCCACACCAUCACCAUGAGCUUCCGGCCCGAGUUCCGGCCCUCGAACCAGCUCUCGAUCGGGAUCUACAAAGGCGUUGGGAUCGUGCUCGGCGCCAUCACCACGAGCCAGUUCGUGGGCGUGAGCCACCUGCUGAACCAGCUGCGGAUCACCAACUCGCAGCUGGGCCACUUGGCGCUGGCCAGCACGCUGGUCAGCGAGCUGCUCCGGUUCGCCUACUCGAGCCUGCUGGGCUACAUGGAGGCCAUGCUCUUCAUAGCCCGGCGGGCCGGGGUCCAGGCCAUAAUUUUCUCCAUGAUGCUGGUGGCCUUCAUAGUCGUGGUCCUGAGGGGCCUGGUUUUGUGGUCCAUUAGGAACACACCGCAGGACCGGCCCAUGAAGGAGAUCUACAUAACGUUUGUGGUGGGCAUGAUUCUGACGUUGGCCUCGGUCGGGGAUACGGUGGGCAUGUACUAUCUGUUUGGGCCUUUCUUAUUGGGCCUGGUGAUUCCGGCUGGGUCGCCGCUGGCGACGAGCCUGAUAGCGAAAGUGGAGACGCCGGCGGCGGGGAUCUUUGCGCCCAUCAUGGUCGUGUUCUGCUCCACGUCGCUGGACUUGGAGAAAUUCUUGAGGAACUAUGCCAAGGUGCUGCCGUUUAGGAUAUCGUUGAUUGGGUAUUUCUUGAAGCUGGGUUUCACGUUCGUUGUAGCGCUUGGGUUUGAGCUGCCGGUUAGGGAUGCUGCGGCUUAUACACUCAUCGUCAAUGUUAAGGGUAUUCUUGAAAUUGGCGUGCUUCUCAGCUUUGGUAACCUUGGGAGCAGGCAACUAGAUAGCACCUCCGCCAUUUUCCUGAUAUUCAUCCUCGCAAGCAUCGCCCCACCAAUCAUCAGGCUCCUCUACGACCCUUCCAAGCAGUACAUUGGCUACAAGAGAAAGUGCCUCCAAUACGCACCGGAUAACGCUCCACUCCACAUUCUAGCCUGCGCCCACAGGCAAGACGACGCCGUAGCGGUCAUCAAAUUCCUCGAGUUCUCCAACCCAACAAGGCAAAGCCCACUCACCGUCUACGGGCUCGGCCUGGAGGAGCUCAUCAGCAGCUCCACCCCGCUCCUCGUCAACCACCAACUGGGCCAGAAAAAGUCCACAACGAAAGCCCGGCCCAGAUCCCACAACAUCCUCGACGUGUUCAACUACUUCGAGUCCCAGUUCGGGAACAACAAGCUGGCCACGGUCCACACAUUCACCGCCAUCUCCUACUUGAAGCAGAUGCACGAGGACAUCUGCUCCUUGGCCUUCCACAAGGCCGCUUCCCUUAUCGUCCUCCCGUUCCACAACAAGUGGAACGGGAGGGGCCACAUGGUCUGCGGCAACGAGGACCUGAGGCACCUCAACCUCAACGUUCUGAACAGAGCCCCCUGCUCCGUGGCCAUCCUGGUGGACCGCAGGAUGGCCAUGGGGCUCUCGUCCAUGUUCGUGACGUCCGCGGUGUACCGCGUCACGGUCCUGUUCGUCGGUGGGUCCGACGACAGGGAGGCCCUGGCCCUGGCCAUGAGGAUGGCCGGGAGCCCCAGGGUGCACCUGACCGUGGUGCAGUUCACCGUGGACGUCCAGGACGAGACGGUCGUGGACCGGUGGGAGGCGAUGCUCGAUGCCGAGGCCCUGAGGGUCGUGAAGCUGGAGAUGCCGACGAAUUCGAACAUAAAGUUGGUGGAGGAGCGCGUCAGGGACGGUUCCGACACCUCGUGUAUCGUGAGGGAGAUGGGGGGUAACGUUGACCUAGUGGUAGUGGGGAGACGACACGACACGGGGUGUCAAGCCCUGUCGGGGCUAGCGCAGUGGAUGGAGGUGCCUGAACUUGGACCGUUGGGGGACGUGUUGGCGUCUCAGGAUUUUACGGCGGCUGCAUCGGUGCUUGUGAUCCAGCAACAAAUUAUGAAAGCCAGUCAUAGUAGCAUUUUGAACUAA